CCAUUUUAUUUCCUGUAGGUUGAAACAAGCAGCAUUUCAUUUGAGUCAGUAAUUUGUGUUUCAGUUGAUUUUCGCGAGUGGAAAAGGUUGUACCAUGUAUUCCAGAAUGGGCCAAAUGGGAAACUAUUUGAAACGUUGAGUUUUCUACCGUCUGCAACAUAUUAGAGAUAGAGGCAUCUCCUACUCUAAUCCACAGCCCCAUAAUCUCCAGUCCACGUCGAAGGUAUAGAUAAUAACAUACCACGUUUCAAAUGACGUGAACGGAAUCAGGACAUGCAAAAUAGUGAUAGGAAUGAGAGAGCUCCGAGAACAAUUCAAACGAUGAUUCCUUCAAACCACAACUUAGGCGAUGAACAAAAUGUUCCACAAGCUGAUUACAAGUUGCCCGAGGCAAACAAACGUUCGGGAACUACUGGAGCAAUGGAGGGCUUCCUGUUUGAAUCUAAGUUGCUCACACUCGUGCUGUAUCGAGCAACACAGAAAAAAAUAAAUCCAUUCGGCAUGGCGACUAACAUGGAUGGAAUUGGAGCCUUCGAUGAUUUGGUGUUCAUCGAUAAUUCCGAACCACGUUGGGGUCUGUUUAUGCAAGGUAAACAUAAGAACAGCACAAUUUCGCACGAGGGCCUGACGGCGAAGACAGGUGAUUUUAGCCUCUGUAAAUAUUUGGAUAGUUUCAAGAAAAUCAAAACCAUGUUCAAAGGUAUAAAUGUGACUUGCGUUCUAUACCAUACGGGCAGUUUUGACAAAAAAUUGAACAUAAUAGAAGACAUUGAUCGAUCAUUAGUUUCCAACAAUCGAUCAUAUAAUUUAGAUGAUUUGAUAUCAACUCAAACUAGAGGUAAAAAAUUUAGAUUAAGUAAAGACAACUAUGUGGAAAAUCUAAUUGAAACUGCUGCUCUACCACGUAUCCAAGAGCUGGCCAGCAAAGUGAUUGAAAUGGCUUUCAACGAGAAGGGUUCGUUAGGCAACGGUUUUGAAGAUUAUCAGUUUUUAUUAGCUAAAGAGGUUAUUGAUGUCGGAACGAAGAAAAUCAAAUCAACCUUUUUUGAAAAAUCUGAAAAUAUAUGGCCUGCAUUUAGGGAAACUAUGGGAAAAAAUGCAUUAUCAGCAUCAAAUUCAGACCUGGAACCAGAGAAAAAGAUUGAACUGUUUAAUGAAAUUAUUACCACCCCAUCAGCUGAAGCUAUUAGUAAGGCAAUAAUGGUAGAGCUUAAGUAUAAUUCUAAUAGUGAAAGACUGGAAUUGAAAAGUAAACCGAACCAGAAAUGGGAUAAAAAGUUAAAAAGUCAAAUGGAAGAAAUCAAAAAACGUUUAGAAACUUUGCAUGUUACAAAGAAAACAAUCGAUGACGCCUAUAGGUUGGCGGGGAUAAAUCAUUUAAAGUCCCUUGAGUUCAAAAAUCUUCCUGUACAUUUCGGUAAAAUCAAUAGUGACAAUGGGGAUUUAGCAGAAUUAGCACAACAGUUUACUAAAGUGAUUAGCAGUGUCAACUGCACUUCCGUGCGAUUAUCUCAAUUGCAAAGUGACAUUAAGAUAGCUAGAAUCUUUGAGUUGGUAGGCAGUUUGUUAAUUCUGGACAUAGAAAAUGAAACAUUCAAAUUUGAUCUUAAUUCAGACAAUUGGAUAACUUUUUUCGAAACUUUGAAACAGACUUCACAGCAGAUAGAUAAAGUUCGAUUCGUGAAUGAUAUUGACGGUUUAACGUUGAUUAACAAAAGCGAUAGGGAACUUGUAGAGGAAUUUCUCGAUAAUCUAUGGUUUUAUGUUAGUCAACCUAACGAAUAUACGUUAGAGAAGGAAUUGAAGCGUGAGAUAUUUGAAGAGUAUCGCGAAUUCACUUAUAAAAGCGUAAACUCGGAAUUACGAGCAGAUUUUAUUUUGGAUUAUGUUCACAACCAGAUUCAACGAUGGUGCAUUGAGGGUGAUUCGGCUAGCGGAUGGUUAACUAAUGAAUGCCAAUAUUUCGAAAAGGCAAAAAAAGAACUGAUAUUCUAUCCCACUUUAACUAUUUUGAAUGGUCUCUACAACGCGCGAAAUCAGUGUUAUAAAGCACUGAAGUUUAAAGAGAAUAUUAUAAAGCUUUUAGAAAUGGAUAAUUUUUCGGAAGGUGUUCUCAACGUUGUGACUAAAUAUCCUCUAAUCACUAGCUCAAAAAUAAAUCAGUUUUUUAAGGAGCAACAUGUUUGCUACCUAAUCAAUUGGGAUGUUGUAGCCGAGCAAGAUUGCACCAAGGAUUUGAUAGAAGAUCUUAAAGCUUGUGCUCACCAUUCGGAAACUAAAACGCCAAUAAUAAUAAUAAUAAUCGUUAAUACACAUAUAGCAGACUUCACAUUGGAUUGCUCGUCAAUUAAAAACUGUAUUCUGAUAAGUUCAAGCCCAAUUAAAAAUGACGUAUUGUCCACAUUUAAUGAUAAUUGCAACGGCUUGGCAGACCUUACAAGUGAUUCACAGGAUCACAUUUUAGCGAACGGAUCUAUUUUCUAUUAUCUAAUUUUCAAGAUGUGACAGUUUCUUUGAAAGA